AUGGCGCGCGAAGUGGAGCGCCAGCAAGCUCUGGGAACUCUGAGGCCGCCAACUCCAACAGGACUUCCAACCCCCCGAAUGGGCGUCGGGGUGGAAAGACCACUGGGGCCAGGGAUCGGGUCCAGUGGAUUGGCGGACGAAGGCGGAGAGGAGCCGGAGAUCCAGGAAGAGGAGGAGGAUGUGCCGUACGACGAGGGAAGGCGAGGUGCGGGGGCUACAGCGAGGCCCGCAUUCGGAUGGGUGGAAGGGCCGACAGCAGCGGCAGAAUUUCGGGAGCCGCGCGGAACGACCGCCGGAGUGGGGCGCGGCGUGUUCAAAGGGGCCGUCCAAGGAAACCCGAUGCAACCCUUCCCCAUGCCUCCCAGACAGCAUCAACGGGCCGCAGAAUGGAUGCAAAGGAGGGAAGAGCUCAAACUGGAAUACGGAGGGGAAUCAUCUGAACUGAACUUUUUCCUCAUUAGCAUCAGAGGAUAUAUGGAAGACAAUGCACACACAUUCCCCUCCGAAGGAAGCAUGGUUCGGGCCAUCGGCAACACACUAAAGAGAGGAGCAGCCAGCUGGUAUGUGCAACUACAUGCCAGACGCGACCCGUGCCUGAGGUCAGUACCCCGCUUCCUCGCCGCACUGGAAAACCGGUUCAGAGACCGGCUAGAGCAAUUGAGGGCUCGAGACCAGCUUAAAGGAAUAAAGCAGAGGGACAAAACGGUGCCCGAGUACGCAGAGGAAUUCCUCCAUCUCGCGGAAAGGGUGCCAGAGUGGUCUGAAGUGACCAAAGUGGAGAUAUUCAAAGAGGGACUACGCCCCGAGGUUUUCAGUUGGGCAGCGCACAGAGACGACCCAGAAACACUCCAGGGCUGGAUACAACUAGCGGGGCGCGUCGAAUCCACCCUGGCCCAAGUAAAGCGUUUCAGGGGCGGCGGCGGCCAGCAAAGACCGGUGGCGAGGGGUCGAGGAGAAACGAGGAAGCAGGAAAGGCCCGGAGGGAGGCCGGGGAUCCCCUUCAAAGGAGAUGACAACAAACCCAAGCCGGGAUGCUUUGUAUGUGGGAAGACGGGCCAUCGAGCAGCAGAAUGUUGGGCCCGGAAGGGGGAGCCGCCAAAACCCUCAAAGCCCAAGCCAGCAGCCGGGAGACGAGCGGAGGAGGAGGUGCGAGCCCCAGAAUCUCCGGAAAGGCUGAAUUGUGAUGAAAGAAGCACCGAAGAGGAGGAUGGAGAAAAAGAGGGCGCCAUGUCAUGGAACCAAGUCCCAGGGCUGAAUUUCCAAGCCCUGGACUUGGAGUCAUAACAUAAAUAAUCCUGGAAGCACCUGGCAGAAGAAGAUAGAAGAGCCUGGGAACUCGGGGUUGAAAGUGUAAACAAUUAUAAUUGGUAGAGUGUGUGGGAAUAGUAGAAAUGUGAUACAGGGGGUGGGGUUUGAUGAUGAUAUUUGCGUGUGGUGUUACGUUGCAUCAGAGGUGAUAAAAAUGAUUGUAUGUAAACAUUAGGUCAUUCUCGACUUUUUCCAAAGUCAUGUAUUCUUCAAUAAAGAUUGAAUUUGAGAGCAGCUAU